AAUUGAUGGAAUAAAUGGAUGGUGGGUGUAGCAAAAUAGAGAGCCAAAAUAGACACACAGUUUUCAGAGGGAGAUCAGAAAAAAAUGGUGUGCUUCUGUUUUCUGGUGGACCAGAAGAGGAAGGUACGGCGGACGAGGCCGGUGGCCGGCACGUGCUCGCGGUGCGGACGGGGAGCGAAGGUGGCGGACAUGGAAACCUCCACCAGAUUCUGCCGGAUUCCGAUGUACUCCACUUUCUGGAAGGCCAUCAUUUGUUCCACUUGUGGCGCUCUUCUUAAAUCCUACAGAUAACUUUUUUUUUUCUUUUUUCUUUUUCUUUUUCCC